AAAUGGUUGCGUUUGGAUGAAAUGAUGGGAAGGGAAAUAGAAGGAGAGAUGGAAGAAGAUUUUUCAAAACAAAAGCUAGAACUCGACGAUUACAAUGAUAACGGAGAUUUCAAGUCAUCCUGGUGGAAAAGAAAACUAACACUACUGAAUCUCGAUUCAUCAACUAGAAAUGGCGAGAGAUCGAGAGAUGCAGGGAAGAACAAUAGCGCAAACUUCAGAUCUCUAAGUCAAAUUGUCAUUCAUCCUCAUAACUGGCGAUACGUUCUUUGGACGCAUUUCAUUUUGGUAUGGGCUGUGUACUCUUCCUUCUUUACGCCACUGGAAUUCGGAUUCUUCAGGGGUCUCCCCAAGAAUCUCUUCCUCCUCGACGUUGCCGGCCAGAUCGCCUUUCUCAUCGAUAUCGCUGUUCACUUUUGUGUUGCCUAUCGCGAUUCGCAUUCUUACCGCUUUGUCUACGACCGUAAUCUCAUCGCUAUCAGAUAUUUGAAGUCUCGAUUUGUGGUUGACUUAAUGGGUUGUAUGCCCUGGGACGCUAUCUACAAGGCUUCUGGUAAGAAGGAGCUUGUGAGAUAUUUACUAUGGAUUCGGCUAAGUCGAGCCUUAAGAGUUACUGAAUUCUUUGAGAAAUUGGAGAAGGAUAUACGAAUAAAUUACCUCGGUACAAGAAUUGCGAAGCUUUUUGUUGUGGAGCUUUAUUGUACUCAUACAGCUGCCUGUAUUUUCUACUAUCUUGCUACUACUCUACCUCCGUCAAAAGAAGGGUACACCUGGAUAGGAAGCCUAAAGUUGGGGGACUAUAGCUAUUCAAACUUUAGAGAAAUUGAUCUUUGGAAGCGUUACAUCACAUCAUUAUAUUUUGCUGUUGUAACUAUGGCAACUGUUGGUUAUGGUGACAUACAUGCAGUCAAUGUCAGGGAAAUGAUUUUUAUCAUGAUUUUUGUCUCCUUUGAUAUGAUUCUUGGUUCUUAUUUGCUAGGUAAUAUGGCAGCAUUGAUAGUAAAAGGAUCAAAAACAGAAAAGUUUAGAGAUAAAAUGAAGGAUGUUAUUAAAUACGUGAAUAAAAAUAAGCUCAAUAGGAAAUUAAGUAAAGACAUCAAAGAUCAUCUUCAAUUACAGUACUGCCACUCCUCUGAGUUUGGUGUUCUUCAAGAUAUUCCAGCUUCAAUUCGUGCCAAGAUAUCACAGAAUUUGUACGAGCCAUACAUUAAGGAAGUCUAUCUUUUCAAAGGUUGCUCUCAGGGAUUCAUAAAACGAAUUGCAACCAAAGUUCGUGAAGAGGCUUUUUUCCCUGGACAAAUGAUUAUUGAACGUGAAAACUUAGUUGACCAACUCUAUGUUGUAUGUCAUGGUGAAUUGACUUAUUCACAGGAGGAAGUUGAAAACUGGGAUACUGAAGAUGAAGAGUUAAUUAGGGGUCUUGGAACAUAUAGCUCAUUUGGUGAAAUUUCUUUCCUUUGCAAUUCUCCUCAUCCCUACCAUGUUCGGGUUCGUGAGUUUUCCAAGAUCUUGCAACUCGAUAAACUGUCAUUUAAAGAAACCUUGGAAUUACACUUUUUAGAUGGACAGAUCAUCUUAGACAAUGCCCUUGAGGGAAAGGAUUCCAACCAACAAGAUCAAAUUUUGGAAUCUGACAUAAUUCUUUACAUUCAAAAGCGUGAACUUGAGUUAGCCAUUAAGGUCAACUGUGCUGCUCAUGAUGGGGAUCUAAAUCAACUCAAACGGUUGAUUAAAGCAGGAGCAGAUCCCAAUAAAACAGAUUAUGAUGGAAGAUCGCCUCUGGGAAUAGUUAGGUGUUGGAGUUGUAGUAUCGAGGCAAUUAUCUUAUCGUGAGUAACUUUGAUCAAGGCCAAC